AUGGAGUUGGUCGAGAUCAUUCGCUACGUCAGCAAGAGUGCUGAUGUGAACGCUGCGGCCGGCAAUUUUCACCAGUUCGUAAACUGCCCCCUCACUAGACAGUCGAUCACACAGUGGGAUAAGGACUUAGGCAAGAUUCGGUUUGAUGUGGCGCAUGAGGUUCGGAAGAGCAGCGUUGUCAGUGGUCUUCAGCUCCAAGUCGCAGUCAAUUCCGUUCUUUACAUUCUCGCGGACAACAUUCUUGCGGACGAUAUUUGGGACUUCAAUGAUUUCCUCAUGGUCGCACCAUCUCUGCACGACAUCGUGGCGUUCGGGGAUGAUGCAGGACGAGGAACAUCUUGCGUAUCGAUUCUCUUCUAUGUCAAUGCCUCUGGAUCUUCGCUUAACCGUGCAGAGGUGGUAAAGGCUUUGAGGCCGCAAGUUCUUGGCGAGCGCCUUGCUCGAGCGCACGGCAAGUCUAGAGGCAAGGACCCAUUUACAGGAGAGACAUGGAAACAACUUCGGAUUGAGCGCCUGCCUCCCAUUUCGACAUCCGUUGCCCAAUCUUUGGACGUAGGAAUAAUUAACACAUUCAAACGACACUACCUCGAGAUGCUCAGCAACAAAUCAGUUACAAAGGAGUACGCCACUGAGGAGAAGAUCACCAACAGUGAGGCAUGGUCAUAUAUUCCGUACGCGUGGUCUCAUGUCAAGGCUUUGACGGUUAUGGGCGGGGACAAGAUUCAGUUUUCCUUCGACAAGAACCAAAAGGGUGCACAGGAUAUGGCAGAGGAGAUCAAGCAGAAGGUGCGCAAGAAGAUUGCCCUCUAUCGAGCGUGA